AUGGCGGCGCAUUUAAAAAAGCGAGUUUACGAGGAAUUCUCCAGGGUGGUCCAGGUUCCCACUGAAGACGCCCCGUCUAAGAAGCUCCGUUUGUGUAAGCCCAGCAAGUCGGCGGCGCUGCACGUGGAUCUGUGUAAGGCAGCCAACGCUACCGACGCCUUGCACUUCCUGCUGCAGUUCGCACGCAAGCCCGUGGAGGCCGAGAGCGUGGAGGGCGUCGUCAGGAUCCUCCUGGAACAUUACUACAAGGAAAAGGACAAGUCAGUGCGUCUGAAGAUGGCCUCGUUGCUUGGCGUGCUGGCUACCACCGAGGGCUUCGCUCCCGACUGCAUCGUGGAGGAUCUGCUCGCCGUCGUCCACAAUGAGAAAUCGCAUCAGGUUCUGGCACAGCUGCUGGACACGCUCUUAACGGUGGGCGCGCGGAGCCCGGCGGCGGCGCGGCGGCUGUCGGACGUGGCCCACCGCCACCUGGCGGACGCCUCCUUCGUCGUCAGGAACAAGUGCCUGCAGCUGCUGGGACGUCUGGGUGGCGCCGCCGACGGCCCUAAGGCAGGCGAGGGCGAGGGGCCCGCCGCCUCCCCCGCCGGGGACGUCCCGAGCGUCAUCAGCGACUACUUUGGAGAUCGGGACCCCAGAGUGCGAGCCGCCGCCCUCAAAGCAAUGCUGCAGCUGCACGAGAGGGGACUGAAGAUCCAGGAAGGGAUUUACGAGCAGUCUUGCCGGCUGCUGGCAGACGACUACGAGCAAGUUCGCUCGGCCGCCGUUCAGAUGGUUUGGGUGCUCAGCGUCCUCUACCCCGAGAGCAUCGUGCCCAUCCCGUCAUCCAACGAAGAGAUCCGGCUGGCGGACGACGCCUUCGGGAAGAUCAGCCACAUGGUCGGCGACGGCUCGUGGAUGGUUCGCGUGCAAGCAGCCAAAACGCUGGGCUCCAUGUCACACGUCAGUCCUCACUUCCUGGAGCAGACACUGGACAAGAAGCUCAUGUCGGAUCUGCGGAGGAAGCGCACGGCCCACGAACGUGCCAAGGAACUCUUCGCGUCAGGCGAGUUCUCCAGCGGCAGGAAGUGGGCUGACGACGCCCCCAAAGAGAAAGUGGACACCAACACGGUCAACCUGAUCGCCUCGGGAGCUUGCGGAGCCUUCGUCCACGGCCUGGAGGAUGAGAUGUUCGAGGUGCGCAUCGCGGCGGUGGAGGCCGUGUGCCGGCUGGCCGGCUCGUCCCCGGGCUUCGCCGAAAAGUGCCUGGACUUCCUGGUGGAUAUGUUCAACGAUGAAAUCGAGGAGGUGCGGCUGCAGUCCAUCCACGUGCUGCGAGAGAUCUCUACGCACAUCACGCUAAGGGAGGACCAGCUGGACACGGUGCUGGCCGUACUAGAGGACUCGUCUCGCGAUAUCCGAGAGGCUUUGCACGAGCUCCUGUGCUACACCAACGUGUCCACCAAGGAGUGCGUCCAGCUGGCUCUGCUGGAGCUGCUCAAGAACCUCAACAAGUAUCCCGCUGACCGCAACUCUGUUUGGAAGUGUCUGAAGUUUUUGGGCGGGCGCCACCCCAUGCUGGUGUUGCCUCUGGUCCCAGAGCUCCUCAGCACGCACCCUUACUUUGACACCCCAGAACCCGACAUGGACGACCCGGCCUACAUUGCCGUUUUGGUGUUGGUGUUCAAUGCCGCCAAGUCGUGUCCCACCAUGCCGGCGCUCUUCUCCGACCACACCUUCAGACACUACGCCUACCUCAGGGAUAGCCUCUCGCACCUGGUGCCGCCUCUACGGUUGCCUGGCAGGAAGCAGGUCCACGGUUCGGACUCCAUCGACUCUCAGGGCGUGGAGUCGGCUCAGCUCUUCUUACGGCAAAGUCUGGAGAGGGUCGGCGCCAUUCAGAACCUGGAAGCGCCAGGAGCUCGGGACCUUCUGGUCUUUACCAUUCGGGAUUUGGAGAGACUGGGCCGGCUGCAGACGGAACUGGCCGGAGCCGCCGACUUCUGCGCCACUUACCUGCGCUGCCAGCUUCUCCUUAUCAAGGCGCUGCAAGAGAAGCUAUGGAAGACGGCGGUUCCCCUCUGCCCUCAGCAGAACGUGACGGCUGCGGCGGCUGCUCGGCAAGUUCUGGAGGAGAGCUACAAGUUGGAGUUCAUGUACAGCGGCCUUCAGAGCAGACAGCUGGCUGUCAUCCAUCACGUGCGCCUGCAGGCGCGGGCGCUCACGCUGGUCCUCACUGCUCGCGCCGCCCGCGGGUCAGAAGAUCUGCUUGCCGCUUGUGAAAAGUUCCUGCAGGAGCUGGACUCUUUCCACAGACUGUUUGCGGCCGAGCUGCCUCACAUGAGGGACGCUUUUGCCGAUCGGCUGGCGGAGGCGGCUCGCCGGCCGGCGGCCCGCAAGCCUUCCGAGCUGGUCCGUGUGCUCCAGACGGCGCUGAGGCAGAGCGCUCUGCCGCAGCUGACGCUUCCGCUUCAGAUACACCGAGCUGUGGCUAACAUCAUCGAGCCUACGGGAGAGUCGGACAACCCGGUCAAGUUCACUUCCGGCCUGGUGGUGGCGCUAGACGUGGACGCCACUCUGGAGCACGUCCGGGACCCCCACAACUCUGUCAAAGUGGAGGUGGUUUACCCCGACGGACAGAGUCACGUGAUCCAGCCGAAACCCGGAGACUUCCGCAAACCGGGACCGCAGCGCCACAGACUCAUCACGCAAAUCUACUUGUCGCACGGUGCCUGGACAGAACCUUGUCAUGUAGAAGUGCGCCUCCUGCUGGCCUACGGCUCCUCCUCCAUUCCCGGAGACCCCAAGCCGGCGUGGACUGACGGCCCGGACGGCUUCCCGCCACCGGAGGGCGGCACGGAGGGAACCAUCGCCUUCAGCGAACCGGUCAAAGUCUUCAUCAUGCCCAAACCCGCCAGACGCUAA